CGGGAUGGCGGUGCAGGCGGUGCACCUGGAGGCGGACGCCUUCCUUGUCUGCCUCAACCACGCGCUCAGCACGGAGAAGGAGGAGGUCAUGGGGCUCUGCAUCGGCGAGGUUGACACCAGCAGGAUUGUUCAUAUUCAUUCUGUGAUCAUCCUGCGCCGUUCUGAUAAGAGGAAGGACCGAGUAGAAAUUUCUCCAGAGCAGCUCUCGGCUGCUUCUACAGAAGCAGAGAGGCUGGCUGAGAUGACGGGACGUCCCAUGAGGGUCGUGGGCUGGUAUCAUUCUCAUCCGCACAUUACUGUUUGGCCGUCUCACGUGGACGUUCGCACUCAAGCCAUGUAUCAGAUGAUGGAUCAGGGCUUUGUUGGGCUUAUCUUCUCUUGCUUCAUUGAAGACAAAAACACAAAGACAGGGAGGAUUCUCUACACCUGUUUCCAAUCAAUUCAGGCCCAGAAGAGCUCAGAGUACGAGAGAAUUGAAAUUCCUGUUCAUGUGGUCCCCCAUGAAACCAUUGGGAAAGUGUGCCUGGAAUCAGCUGUGGAGCUGCCCAAGAUCUUGUGCCAGGAGGAGCAAGAUGCAUACAGGAGAAUUCACAGCCUCACCCAUCUGGACUCUGUAACCAAGAUUCACAAUGGCUCAGUGUUCACCAAGAAUCUCUGCAGUCAAAUGUCUGCCAUAAGCGGCCCCCUCCUGCAGUGGCUGGAGGACAGACUGGAGCAGAACAAACAGCGGGUGCAGGAGCUGCAGAGAGAGAAAGAGGAGCUAAUGGAAGAGCUAGCUGCAUUGGAUUGAAGGGGGGAACCCUGGACCUCUUGAAGAGGUUAUAAAACUGGACACAAGAUACUUGCAGGUGAAGGAUAAGCCCAUCUUGCCUUACUAUGAAGAUACUAGUUGUACCUCUUGUCUUGCAUCAUGCAACAGCUCAGAAAAGACUUCAGCAAGAUGAUUAAGGGCUCACACCUGUCCCAGACAGACAGAAAGCAUCAUUAUCAGCUUGCCAUGUGUUCUGUGGAGCAGCCCAACCCCAAACUGACUGAGGAAUGGGGCAGUACACUCUCAAGAGACCACAGAGAGAGGGAUGCCUAGUGAACUUGUUCUCUCUUCCCCUCAUCCUUAUUAAACACAGAAAUCUCUUCCCUUUACUUCUGUUGCUGGGCCUUUUAACUGAAGGUGUGGACAUGUGUACCAGGGCAGUCCUAUCCUGGUCAUCACUUGUGUUGUGACAAAUAAUUUGACUGUAACCAGCAACUUGAUUUAAGGUAGGGAGGAUACUGGGCCGUGGACACUUCCAACUCCGCCUUCCUUAGAUGGCCUCAGUUGUAAGGAAUUUCAUCUGGCAAUUCACAAAGCCAUUAAAUUGCCUGUGGAGUCAGGUGUGGGGGAAGAAGGGUGGGGAGGAGCCAUAGUGACCUGGGACAAGGUUUGUGCCUCAUGUACUUCAAACCAAAUAAAGAAAUGCACAGUGAGAGCAG